CGCCGCGUUCCGUUCGCCCUCGGCCAGAGGGGACCCGGCCGCCGUGAAGGUGGCGGUGGCGGUACCCCGGCCGGAGCCGCCGCGGAGCGCCCCGAGCAGCAGCAGCAGCAGCGCAGCGGAACUGAGGCGUGAGGCUCUGUAAGUGCCCCCAGGUGACUUCAAUUUCUGUCCUCUACAAAAAAUACCAAAAGAAAUGCAGGAAUGCCUGUCCUAGAAAAAAACAUGCAGAAGAAGGAGAAAGAUUCUUCCAGUAAAGAUGAGACAGUUGUGCCAAAACUUCCAGUUCCACCACUGCAACAGACCUUAUGCAUGUACCUCCAGUGCAUGAAACACUUGGUGCCAGAAGAGCAAUUUAGAAAGACCAAGGGCAUUGUGGAACAGUUUGGGAUUGCAGGAGGCCUGGGGGAAUCGUUACAGCAAAUCCUUGAGGAAAGAAGGGAAAAGACAACAAACUGGGUGUUUAACUACUGGCUGGAUGACAUGUACCUCAACAACCGGCUGCCUCUCCCAGUCAAUUCCAGCCCAGCAAUUAUUUUUGCUCGUCAGUAUUUCAAGGAUAUAAAUGACCAGCUAAGGUUUGCUGCCAAUCUUAUUUCGGGCGUGCAAGACUAUAAAACUUUACUAGACACCCAUGCUUUACCUGUUGAUUUUGCUCGUGGACAGCUGUCUGGUCAUCCUCUCUGUAUGAAGCAAUACUAUGGACUCUUUUCUUCCUAUCGUCUUCCAGGACAUACCAAAGAUACCCUUGUGGCCCAGAAAAGCAGUGUAAUGCCAGAACCAGAGCACAUCAUUGUUGCUUGUAACAACCAGUUUUUUGUUUUGGAUGUUGUCAUUAAUUUCCGUCGUCUCAGUGAGGGAGAUCUUUUCACUCAGUUACGAAAGAUAGCCAAAAUGGCAGAGAAUGAAGAGGAAAUGCUGCCUCCAAUUGGCCUGCUGACAACAGAUGGAAGAACAGAGUGGGCAGAGGCCAGGACGAUCCUUAUGAAAGACUCCACUAACCGUGACUCUCUUGAUAUGAUUGAACGAUGCAUAUGCCUGGUGUGCCUGGACAGCCCAAGCGGGGUGGAACUCAAUGAUACAAACAUGGCAUUGCAACUGCUACAUGGGGGAGGCUACCAUAAAAAUGGGGCCAAUCGCUGGUAUGACAAACCUAUGCAGUUUGUGGUAGGAAGAGAUGGAGUCUGCGGUACUGUGUGUGAACAUUCCCCUUUCGAUGGCAUCGUACUGGUGCAGUGCACUGAACACCUGCUCAAGCACAUGAAAGAAAGCUCCAAGAAAUUAGUCCGAGCUGAUUCAGUAAGUGAGCUUCCUGCUCCACGGAGACUAAGAUGGAAAUGUUCCCCUGAAAUUCAGGCACACUUGGCAUCAUCAGCAGAAAAACUCCAAAGGAUGGUGAAAAAUGUGGACUUUAUCGCCUACAAGUUUGAAAACUAUGGAAAGGAGUUUAUUAAGAAACAAAAGAUUAGCCCGGAUGCCUACAUUCAAGUAGCACUUCAGCUGGCAUUUUACAGAUGCCACAGGAGACUUGUCCCUACCUAUGAAAGUGCUUCCAUACGCCGAUUUGAUGAGGGCAGAGUCGACAAUAUUAGGUCUGCUACCUUGGAAGCAUUUGCUUUUGUAAAAGCAAUGACUGAUGACAAGCCAACUCUAUCGGAUUCCGAGAAGAUGCAGAGAUUUAAGGAUGCAAUUGCAGCUCAGACUAAUUACACCAUUUUGGCUAUUACUGGGAUGGCAAUAGACAAUCAUCUACUAGGGCUAAGAGAGGCGGCACGAGAACACUUCAAGGAACUGCCAGAGAUAUUUACAGAUGAGACAUAUUUGACAAGCAAUCGAUUCAUCCUCUCGACCAGUCAGGUUCCAACUACUAUGGAAAUGUUCUGCUGCUAUGGGCCUGUGGUGCCCAACGGCUACGGGGCAUGUUAUAACCCUCAGCCAGAGCAUAUAUUAUUCUGCAUUUCAAGCUUUAAAGACUGCAAAGAAACCUCCUCAGACAUGCUGGCAAAAUCUGUGGAAGAAAGUCUCCUAGAAAUCAGAGAUCUGUGCAGCAAAUGCAACUCUACUAUGGCAAAGCCACUUGCUAAACAAGAAGAAGCUACACGGUUGCAGUGACCGCAAACUCUAAGAGGCUGUGGGAAUUAUUUUGCUGAAUCCACCCUAUGAAGAAACAAUGACAUAAUUGUUCAAAGGCAAGAUAGUACUAGUAAUAUUUCAGUGUAGAACAAAAAUGCCGUGUGUUUUACAUUAUUGCCAACAUUUAAAGCCCUAUAAAUAUGAAAUCUUCCAUUUCAUGCCUGAGAGUCAGCAAAAAGGUUUGGUCUCACUGGCUGAAAUGAGGGAGGCAGUAAUAUGUGCCUGUAUUGUACUACUAUUUCUAACCAUAAUUGAUUUAUGCCACUUUAUCAUCUAAAAAAAUUAAGUGUGUCUAUGACAUGAAUAAAAUACUACAGCACACCAAUUAAUUAAUAUCCCCUGCAAGUAGUUCUAAACCAUUUUCAUCUGUUCCUGAAAGGUUUGCAUGCAAAGAAAAAAAAAGAAAAAAAAUAGUAGUUUCCCCUACUAGAUAUAUUGAGCAUAACAUUGUAAAUAAUAAGCUGUUGUCAUUAAGUCCUGAAAUUUGCAUGAAGAGUAUUUAAUACCACCAUCCUAUUUCCAACAUUACAAAAGCAGAUAAUUUUAAUAGUGGUCACUAUGUAUUUCUACAAACAACAACGCAUUAUAGGAAAAUUAGAAUAGUAUCUGCAUGUUCCCCCAGUCCAAAAAUGCUGCAGAAGUAGUUUUGCCUUUAUUCUGGUUUGCAACGGCCUCAAGCAUAGGCCCAUCCUGAAAGCAGCAUAUUUGAGAUAACGUCCAUCAAAGAGAACUGGGAGAAUUUUGUCCAUAAUGAAUUGACUUAAUUAUUUCUUCCUGCCAGUGAGCAAGAUCCAAUCUAACAAAGAGGCAAAGCACAAAGCGUAAGUGCAAUUCAAUUCUGCUUAAAACCUGUUUUGUUUGCACAGGAAUGAAUUCUGUCCCUGUGACUAGCAGGACAGCUGUAUGCAACCACAGAAAAUCAAAGAGCAAUAAAUAACUGGAAUGAAGAGGCAAACAUGCAAGUUGAGGAAGUCCCCAAGAUAGAACAAUAAAGACCAGUUUAAAAGCAGUGGUGCUCAUAUCAGCUUUGCAUUAUCCCACCUGGGAAGGAUUUAUAUUUCAUUUUUUUAAUAUCACAUACAAGGUAUCAUAUUCUGCAACAUACAGUAAAUUCAAUUGCAAAAAUAAUAUAGUGCCUGCUAAUUCCCACCUUUUCUAUGUGUGUUAUCCUGAGUUUUUUCUCAUAUCUCUUUAACUCCCUACAAAUCCUUCCAAGGACCGGUAUUUUCAGAUACCAUAUCUCUAGCUGAAACAUGUUGCCUUGCUUAGCACUGUUCAGUCAUAAUUGUUAGAAUAUAACUUGGUAACAGACUAAAACACUUACUAACUGAAUCCAGCGCUGAUCUUUCAUUAGACACACUGGAGCACACUUGGAAGUCUGCACAGGGACUUGCAUGUGGAGAAGUGGAGCCUUGUUUUCUUCCUUUGUACACUGAACAAUCAUGUGCUUAAGCACUCAUAGGCCUAAAAGCAAGGGAAUAGAUUUAUUACAAUAAACUAGAAGCACAGAUAUGUUUCUAUCUAAGAACUCUAGAUACUGACUUAGUAGAUUACUUACGCCCAUACUUAUUUUAUUGCCUCUUUCAAGUUGCAUACAUCCAAUUAAACAGCCUGCUGAACAAAAGCUAUCCACAACCCCACAUAGGAAAGCACAGCGAGCCUAAUAAUCAAUCAGAGCAAGUCAGCUAUGUUUGAGCAAAUCAACUAUGUUGAUUUACAGUGAUUGAGGGCUGGGCUCUUUUUU